AUGGAUUUUUUGACAUCUUACAAUAUUUUAGGAAGAGGUGUUUCAGAAGAAGAUACACUAUUAGCAAGAAGUGAUAAAAAUGCCGUUGAUUUCGCGUUCGAUUAUAGCAAACUAUGGUGUAAAACAUGCAAAGAUCUUGUACUGACUUUGGAAAAACGUGCGGUUGCAGAAAAUGAAUGUACGCGAGCAAUCAUGAAACAAUUUCAGAUUUUAGAAUCAAGUACUGCAAACGUGAAUGGAGCACCCUUUAAAAAGCAAACAAUUAAUUUGUCUCGUAUGAUGAUUGAUCACUGUAAAGAAGUCGAAGUAAAUAAUACAAAGCGAUGUAGAGAGUUGUUAGAAGUACUCACUCGCCAACGCACACUGUUUGAUAAAACGAGAAAAUUUCUUAAAGAUAAAUGGAAAACUGAUGUUAAACGUAUGCUUGAUGCGGAGAACAGUUUAUUUAAGACAAAAUCAGCUUAUUAUCAACGUUGUCAAGCUGGGGUAAAGCUGCGUGAGGAGUUGGCAUCAGCACAAAACUUUCUUAACGAAUUAUCUGCAUCACUCACUCAAACCCCAUCAAACUCUUUCUCUUCAACUCCAUUAUCCUCAUCAACACUGACAGCGACAUCAACAUCUAUGCUUACAAGUGUAUCAGGUAUAGCAAUGAACUCCGGAGGAAAUGCAUAUUCAUCAAACUCAAAUUUAGCAGCCGGAAACAUGAAUUCAUCCACUGCCGCUUCGUCUUCUUCGUCUUCAACUUCGAAUCAAGUUGCUAAACAAAGAGUAAAAGUUGAACGAUUGGAAAAGCAACUGAGCGAUAAUGAUAAGAAGGAAAUUGAACUAAUGUAUGCAUAUCGUGAAGCAGUAGAUAUCGCAAACCACCGACUAUGUGAACUAGAAAAAAGCAAGGUUGAAAUUUUAUGUGAUACGCGAUUGACUAUCACAAAAAGUGAUGAAGUUGUAAAAGAUUCUUUGGCUGAAUUAUUGAAUCAUUUAUUUACAAGUCGUUCAGCAAUGAUAAAACAGUAUGAAACAAUCGCAAAUGCCUACCAAGACUAUGUACCCUGUAGUGAUUAUCGUGCACUAGUCGAAUCGCAUACACAAAAGGCUACUGAAUUUGUACCAGAAAAAUAUCACUUUGAUGGAUUUCAUGAAUCAAAACUGGAUACUGGCCGUAUAACAAGUCGCUUGGGUAAAGAUUCUGGAGAUUCUGCGACAGACUCGUUUUCGGUGCAUAGGAACCUGCUAUCUCUUCACUCAGACUCUGACUCCGAUACAGAAACAAUGGACGUGCCAUCCAGUUUAGCCUGUAGAAGUAGCACAAGUGCAGGUGGUGGCAGUGGCAGUGGUACUGGUAGCAAUACAAGUGGUUGUGGAGUCGCAGGUGGUAUUGUAUCAACAAGCAGCAAUGUUCUAUCAACUAUUGUUGAAUUUGGAUCGAAUCUAUUUCGACCAGACUCCAAAAAAUCAAUUCGUGGUAAACGUUCAGUAGCUUCAAGCAGUAACCUGUCAGCAGCAGCUGGAAAUACAACAGAUGCACUUGAAGCUAUUGCCGCACAAGAAGCUAAUUUAGAAAGAGAGUAUGUAGCUGCAUCGACUCACGGGAUUUAUCGUGUACCAGCAUCAAAAGCAAAGGUUUCCAAUCUAAUGGAUUUAUUGCAGUCGAAUCAACCAAACAGUAGUGAACAGAUUAACAAAGAUGUUGAUUCGUUAAGUCAAGAACAUCCAUUGACGUUAGCUAGCCUAAUAAAAACACAACUUAUUGCUCUACCAGAGCCAUUACUCACAUACAAUCUUUAUCCGAAUUUUGUUGAACUUGGCAAGGCGUUUGAUUUGGUUGACUCAAAUGUAUCCGACGAGCUAAUGAAGCGGCUUCAACUGUUGGUCAACCAUUUAAGUCCAGGAAAUCGUCAGUUAGCUGGGUUGAUUUUUCAUCACUUGCACAGAGUUGCUGAAUGUCAGUCAGAAAAUCAGAUGGGUGCGGCUAAUUUGGGUACUAUGUUUGCUCCAACUGUUCUACGUCAAAGACCGAAAUUUCAAGUGGCUAAUAUGAUGGAAUUUAUGGAUAAUAAAGGGCAGACAAAAGUUGUUGAAUUAUUAAUUGAUCAUGUUUUUCAUGUAUUUGGUCCAUCAGAACAAUAUGAUCCGAUCAAAUUAAUUAUAGCCCAUAUAACAUCAAACGAUGAUAAAGCAAUGAUUGCUGACUACAAUCAAAUGAAUACAGCCCGUGGCAGUAUUUCCUUAGCUGGAUGUGAAAGAUCCAAGUCAACGUCUGGUACAGUUCCAGAUGAUAUAGCUGAGUUGCGAACAAGUUUAGCAAAUAAAACGGCUUCAAGCAAUGCUAAUAAUGAUGCGCUCUCUUCAGCAAAUUUUCCUGUUAGUAAUGCACUUACUGGUGGUAUUAAUCACAACAACAGCAACAUCAAUAAUAAUAGUAAUAGCAAAGGAAAUACAUCAAUACCUCCAUCAUCUAGUUUGCUGAGAUCAGCUACAAUAUCGGUUUCGAGCCAUACCAGAACUCCUGGAACUCUUCUUUCUGGAGCACUCCCACUGUAUACUCCAUUUCGAUUAAAUCAACCAUCCGGCAAGGACACAGAAGACGCUAUGAACACCACUAGAUCUAAUGUUACAACAGCCUCUGUAUUUGGUGAUGAUAAAGUUACUAUGUCAAGAAUAGAUAGUACAUAUGGAAAACCACAUCCAAUAGCAAAUGAAAAGUCAAGUAAUAUCAGAUCUGGUGUUCGAUUACAAGACUUAGCCAAGACAACGAAUGAACCAAGCACCAAUAUCACAUCACCUACAUCCAAUACUGGAACGUGUAGUGGCAGCGGAAAUGAAUCUUCUGUGGUACGGGGAAUUAAAAAGUUAUGUGCAACAGGUAAUCAAUAUUGUACAACAUCAACACUGUCCAUGUCAUCAAAUACAUCCUCAAAACCAUUUUCUUCCCCUGAUAAACAUAAUACUUCCGGCUCAAAAUCAACAGCAUCAAAUGCUUCAUCUUCUACUGAUUCGCAUACAAAUAAUACUUUAUCAGGUUUGGUAAUUGGACGUCGUAAACCUAUUGGAAAACUUAUGACUGUGCAUCACACCACAGAUGGUACACCCACUUCCAAUCGUCUCAAUUUAGAUCAAUACAGUUUCAUUGAUAAUGACUCACCUGAUCAUGUAAACGGUUAA